AUGCCUCGCGACCAGGAACCGUCUCUCAACGAACAGAAGUUCCUCCUCUCAGCUCUUCGCGAACAAAUCCGCCUCGACAACCGCGCCCUCGACCAGUUCCGCCCUCUCGAUCUCUCUUUCGGCGAAGAAUAUGGCGUUUGCGAUAUCCGGUUGGGAAAUACACGAGUCCUCGUCAAAAUAUCUUGCGAGGUCGUAACUCCCUAUCAGGAUCGCAAAUUCGACGGACUUUUCACCAUUGCCACCGAGCUCUCCCCAAUCGCCUCUCCCGCCUUCGAGAUUGGACGACAAGAUCAAACAGAAGUUCUGCUGUCGAGGAUAUUGGAGAAGACAAUCCGGAGGAGUGGGGCGUUGGAUACAGAGAGUCUGUGUAUCAUUGCGGGAGCAAAGUGUUGGCACAUCCGCGCAGAUGUACAUGUUCUGGAUCAUGAUGGAAAUCUAAUCGAUGCUACCUGCAUAGCUUUGAUCGCGGCGCUAUUACAUUUCCGAAGACCGGAUGUGGAGAUUCACGGAGAGGAAGUCAAAGUCUACUCGUUGGCAGAAAGAGAGCCCGUGAAGCUGUCUUUACAGCAUCACCCAUUCUGCAUCACCACGAGCUAUUUCGAUGCAAGUGAGGACGAGGCCAUCAUGCUGCUAGAUGCUACACGAUUGGAGGAGCAGUGCAGAGAUGGAGAGAUUGUGAUUAGUAUCAAUCGCUUUGGAGAGGUGUGUCAGGUUGCUAAAUACGGUGGGGCACCGGUGGAUGGUUUGAGCUUGCUGAGCUGUACGAACCAGGCGCUCGAGAAGGCGAAAUGGCUAGACAAGUUUGUCAAGGGCAAGCUGGAGGAAGAUGAGAAGCAUAGAGACAAAGGUGGCCUAAUGGCGGAGCUGAGGGCUGACAAUGAGCGCUGA